AAAGGUAGCCGGCGCGCAGGGAGAUCGAGCGCUUGUUGGUGUGGCCAGAGGAGGAGGGCGUAACAACUAGAGGAAAAACAAUGUCUGGCCUGGGGCAUAAAAUAUCUCCAGAUUUUAUUGAUUUUGCCAUUGGUGUUCUUUAUGUUACCAAAUACAAACAACAUCCUGGAUAAAGAUGUUCUGGUUUCAGAGCUGGACCCUGCAGCUGGCAAAAUGUUCACGACUACCACUGCGGCGGCAGCUGUGUGAAGCUAGGACCACUUUGCCGGUGUUAACGUUGUUCACCAAGGACCCAUGCCCCUUGUGUGACAAAGCCAAAGCGGUGCUUGAACCAUAUAAACACAAGUUUAUUUUGCAGGAAGUAGAUAUAACCCUUCCAGAUCACUCUGCCUGGUUUGAAAAGUAUAAGUAUGACAUACCUGUUUUUCAUUUGAAUGGGAAAUUUCUAAUGAAGCAUCGAGUUGAUAUACAAAAACUGGAAAAUCGGCUGCUGAACCUAGAAUUGCAAGAUGAUGGCAACAGGUGAAAAAAAUGAAGGACUGUCAUUAAAUGCUUGGAUAAUUUUGUAUUGCUUUCUUUACAAAUGAAAAAUCCUAACUACACUGAUUUUUUGAAGUUCAAUGUGCACAGUUCAGUUUUGUAACACUGAUCCUUCUCUUCAUUUUCAUAUCUGACUACUUAGGCUAUAACCCUUUCCUGAGAGUAAGUCCCAUUGAAUUUCAUGGCAUCUACUUCUGAGUAGACAUGUAUAGGAUUGCACUGUAAAUGUCUUGACUUUUUAAUAAAUAAA